AUGCAUGAAUUGGAACUGCCCACAAUCGUGACCCAGCUGCCUGGAAAGGGCUUAUUACUAACCACUGUGCAUCCUAGUGGCCAAGAAAUUGUUAUUGGUGAAACUAUGCUGGCUCACUAUUGGCAUCUGCGGUUUAUUUGUAGGCAAGUCUCGACAGAGGAAGGAGAAGCCAAAGCUCAUGACCUAAAUGUUUUGUUUAUUGAAACCAGUGCCAAGGCCGGCUUCAAUAUAAAGGCACUAUUCCGGAAAAUUGCGGCAGCCUUGCCCGGCAUGGAAACACUAUCUUCAGCAAAGCAAGAAGACGUGGUUGACGUCAAUCUCAAAUCUAGUAAUUCAAAUGCAUCUCAGUCACAACAAACGUCAGGAGGAUGUGCCUUGAUGAUGCACAAAAUGGGAGCUUUUGACCCAACUUUAAUUAGGCAAUGA